CGGACGACAGCGUGAAGCUCCAGUUUCAGCACAGCAACAAACGACCUCAUCUCAAAGCGUUUCAGAUACCACUACUUGGGAGACACUCAUGGAGGUGGCAGCCAGUGACAAGUGGUUCUGCUGCAGCUGGCUCCGCCACAAGGUUCCCCGGAACCUCAGGGAGGAACUGUACUACAUCCUGAGGAUGAUGGGGCCCAUUCUGAUCACUCGAAUUCUCGAUUCUAUGCUUCCUUUCGUGGUCACGAUGUUCUCCGGCCGUCUGACGAGCGAGGUGAUGGCCGGCUAUGGAUUAGCAACUGCUACUGUCAACAUCACCACUGCAGCAACAGGACUCGGUUUGGAGCGCGCAUGUGAUACUUUAGUGGCUCAGACUUUUGGUGGAAAGAACCUGCUGCGUGUGGGUGUUAUAUUUCAGCGAGGCAUCAUCAUCCUGCUGUUGUUCUGUCUUCCAUGCUGGGGUCUGCUCCUCAAUGCCCAGGCCAUACUGCUGCUCCUAGGCCAGGACCCUGAGGUGACCCGAAUCGCUCAGCUAUACAUUACGGCAUACCUUCCAGCAAUACCCGCCAUGUUUCUACAUUACCUGCAGGUGUCCUACCUACAGAACCAGGGUAUAACACUGCCACAGAUGUACACUUCUGCCAUGGCAAACAUUGCCAGCGUGGUGACAAACUACGUCCUUAUUAAAGUGCUCCAUCUAGGGGUUAAUGGAUCUGCAGCAGCCAACACCUUGUCCAAGAUCUACAUCUGUGUCUUCCUGUUUGCUUACACAUGGUGGAAAAAGCUGCAUAAAACAACAUGGGGAGGUUGGUCUGUGGAGUCACUACAAGGGUGGGGGGCCUACAUGAAGUUGGCUAUUCCCAGUACACUGAUGAUAUGUUUCGAAUGGUGGAUUUAUGAAUUUGGUGGAUUUUGUGCAGGGAUGCUGGGUAAAGAUGAGCUGGCAGCCCAGCAUGUGUUGUUAUCGGUGGCAAACAUGAUCUACAUGAUCCCGCUUGGCAUCCAGGCCGCAGCCUGCGCUCGAGUGGGCAACGCUCUGGGUGCAGGAGACACAGCAGGGGCGCUUCUCACCUGUAAGGUGUCGCUCUCGCUUACAGCUGCCUUUGCUGUUGUUGAAGGCAUAACGCUCAUCUCUGCCAAAUCCGUGAUUGGCUUCAUCUUCACUUCUGACCCACAGAUCAUCAGUCGAGUCUCUUACGUGAUGAAUAUUUACUGCUUCCAUCAGUUAUUUGAUGGUAUUGUGGCUGUGUGCAUUGGCAUCUUUAUGGGCACUGGGAAGCAGAUGAUAGCAGCUGUGUCUAAUUUUAUUGGCUACUACUGCAUUGGUUUAACACUCUGUCUUACGUUCAUGUUUGUUGCCAAAAUGAACAUUUUAGGUUUCUGGUUAGGACUCCUUAUUUGCGUCAUUCUACAAUCCACCUUUUACAUUUUUGUCAUAUUUCGACUGAACUGGAAGAAAAUCACAGAUGAGGCAUUGAAACGAGCCCGGGCAAAGACAAAAGUGGAAUUACUAAAUAAAUCUAACCAGAGUGCCGACCAGCCAGAAGACCAAGACCAUUCAGUGGAUGACUACAUGCAAGUGACGACCGAGUGCCCCGAUGGGAACCCAAAGAGCCAGUAUGUCAUUAAGGAGAGCGUGGACCAUCUCUCCGUUUCCCAGCUGAUAAUCCGAAGAGGCAUCGCCAUAUUUAUUGUAGUGGGUCUCCUGGUUGUGGGAGUUGGUGUGCACUUCCUGCUGCCUUUGCCAGAGAGCCCGCUCUGGAAGGCCAACUUCACAAUGGAGGUGCUCAAUGCCACAUACAGUCCUUUGCAAACCUCUGUUACUCUGCUUGACUCUUCCUGAUCUUAAUCAGUCAAUUAUUUGAUUCAAGGUUGCAUUUUUCAUCAGACUAUGAGUACAGGAGUUGAUCACACACAAUUACCGUAUUUCCUUGAAUAGCCGCAGGGGCGCUAAUGAAUUUAAAACCUCUUCUCACUCCUGCGGUUACCAAAACCAUGCGGAAUGGGCAAGCAUGCGCUAAUUAUUUUAAAACCUCUUCUCACUCCGGCGCUUACCUUAUCAUGAAAAGCACAUUUAAUAAAAAAAACGUUAUUAUGAUCUUACCUUUACUUGUAAAUGGGUCCAUGUGCAGCUGCUUCUGAUCAAAGGCAGUCUUUCUUAUCUUUCUUCAGUCUUAAAAGUCUCUGGAGAUAUUCCUUUAAUUAUUACCUCCUGCUUCGAUUGAAAGUCCAGUUUAGAAAACUGUUUUAUUUUAGAUAUGUAAUCCUCCAUGUUAAAAGUGCAAGCAAACAAUCGCUGCUCAUGCUUGCUGCUUGUUGUCUUCUUCUGCAGUACUGGUCUCCUGCAGUACUGGCAGUCGCAAGAAGGAUCACUAGCGCCCUCUACCACCAGGAGGCGGGAGUCAUUUAAAGACUCAUAUUUGACCCGGCGGAAGUGCCAAGCAUGCGCUAAUUAUUUUGCGAAACGAGUUUGACCCGGCUGUAAUUCUAGGCAGGCGAAUACUAUAUAUUCCCGGCGGCAA